UAUAAAAAGGAACUGUAAUCCCUUACAUUCUUGAAUGGUGAAAUUGUAAUGACUCAAAAAAACAGAAAAAUGUCACCUAAACAAAUGGGAUUCAUAAAUUAUGAUGACUUAGGUUGCCCCAUGAAACAUUGUUGGAACUUGCGCUGGAGAACGCACCGAUUUUCCCUCGGAUUUGCCGACGGCGGGACAAGCCGACUCGAAGUUCCAAUUUCCAAGGUGUCAAGGUGACUCAAACAGAAUGGACGCCUGGGCCAAUCGUCUACUCGUCAAACUUCUCUGCCAUCUGGCUUUGAGCUGUAUGCCAGCGAUUCAAACCGCGGGUCUAGGUUGUCGAGAUGAUAAUGGGCGUGGAGUGGAAUGGUUCGUUCUGUCGAAACUGCCUCGCUUACCCACUCAGUCUACGCCCAAGUCGUGGCUGCAUCUCGGCUUGGCUUACGCUUACAUCACAUCGUCCAACCGCCAGCUGGGUUGGACUUUGUCCUCGAAAUCAAUCGCCGACCCAGAGUCGGCCGCGGGUCGGACAUUGAGUCCGUUGUAUCAAAGUCCUUCGAAUGAGCGAUUUUAUCUCCUUUAUAAUGACGAACAUCCCGACGGUCGCACUUCUUUUACGCAUGGCCAUACUAAGGGGGUCUUGUCACUGGAUCGCACAUCCGGGUUUUGGCUGAUUCACUCUGUUCCCAAAUAUCCACCGCCGCUAACUAACACCAGUUACGGUUACCCGCAUACGGGUCGGAUGUAUGGUCAGAGUUUCUUGUGUAUUUCGGUCGGCACCAAUGUGACAGCCGAUCUGAUCGGUCGUCAAUUGCAAUAUCACGACCCUUUCAUUUACGAUGUGUUUCUACCCGAUUGGAUGAACGCGGUGUAUCCGGAUUUGGCGACCCUGGCUCAUGGUGGACACGACCGUGUCGCUCCUUUUGCUCAUCAGGCCGUGUUUCCGGCACUCGAUGGUCGCGCGUAUUUUGUCAGCUUUGCCAAAUAUACGAAAUAUGGACAAGAUUUGUACGAUUCGAUGGUCGCACCCGGCCUUCGUAGCGGGCUCUUGGUCGAAACUUGGCCCAAUGGUCCGGGGAAGCUCAACUCCAGUUGUCAAAGCCAGUAUGAGGUCGAGAACGUAGACGCGAUCGAAUUGAAUUUCCAAUCGAAAAUCCAGUUUAGUACGCAUCAUGACCAUUCCAAAUGGGCCAUUGCCAUCAAGAAGAAUCGGCCUUUCGUUUGCGUGGGCGAUAUCAAUCGCAUGGAGAGUCAGAAACAUCGAGCAGGUGGUACUGUGUGCUUCAUGAACUUAUCGGUUUGGAAAUCUUACCAAGGGAUCAUUCAUCAGAUCGAAACUUGCCCCAUUAGUUGAACAGAAGAGCGGGAAAUCAAAAAAUUGCCAUGGAUGAUGUAUUUAAUACUCGCUCUGUAUGCAUAAAAACUCUCGGAAAUGCUC